CUAGCUAGGAAGUUGAUGUCAUCAAAUUUCACAUGGUGUGUAGCUACGUCAAAACAUCUAGACAUUGCUAGCAAAUUGUAAAAAGAAAUGGAUAGUAACAAUAUAAUUCCAUUAAAUAACAACAGUAGACGCUGUAUUUUCUUUAAUACAGAUUCUGACGACAAUCGAUGUGUGGUGAUUCUCACAGUGAAGCGAGCCACAGGCACCUUCUCACUGAUAGGAUGCUUUUUCAUGCUGUUUGUAAUCUGGCUACUGCGCCGGUAUCACUCCUUGGCCCAGAAGAUGAUUUGCAGUCUGACAGUAGCGGCCUUCUUUGAUAGUGUAGCGUAUGUCAUGGGUGAUACCCAUCCAGAGGGGAGUCUGUGUAACUUCCAGGCCUGGUGGCUCACUUAUUUUGACUGGAGUGCCUUGGCCUGGGUGUGCCUGAUCACAGUGAACCUCUACCUUAACCUGGUCAAAGAGAUGAGCACCAGCCACUACGAGUUACUGUACCACCUGAUGGCCUGGGGGGUGCCUCUGGUGAUGGCCUCCCUGCCCCUGUUCAGUGGAUACUACGGCCCAGCAGGAGCCUGGUGCUGGAUCACAGACGACCACGUAGCUUGGAGAUUUGGGAUAUGGUACGUCCCACUCUUCACCCUCAUCUUCCUCAUGAUCUGCUGCUACGCCAGAAUAAUCUACGUAGCCAAUGAGAGGAUGCAGUCGUGGUUUGGCACCUUCAACCCAGAGAGGGAGAGGAGAAAGGUGUCUUUGGCUGAGGAGAUAAAGCCGUUGAAGUGGUAUCCAUCCGUUUAUCUCCUGGUGUCUCUGUUCCCCCUCAUCAACAGGCUCCAUAAUGCGUUCUACCCCCAGGAUCCAGUGUUCUCUCUUACCUUGCUCCAUGUCCUUUCAGCCCCUCUCCAUGGCUUGGCCAACGCAUUCGUCUUUGGCCUGGACAGAGACACCUGGAGCCAGCUCAGUCCUACAGGCAUACAGUUGGCGCUGCAGUCUCGGCUGUGUGACAGGACACGUAUCGGGGAGUACCAUCCUGGGGCGGUGCGCUACACACAGGCUGAGCUGGGGGACUUCAGUGACGAGGAUGACGAUGACACCAACGUCCUUUUCUACUCCCCUGACAUGACCCUGAAAGACAGAGGACCCUAAGAGAGAGAGAGACACAGACAUAGAGAGAGAGCAAGCGAGAGAUGAAUUCUGAGGGGGGAUACGUAGAGAGAAAGGGAGUGAAGGAGGGAUAGAGAGGGGUUUCUGUAAGGUGGUAGAGCUGUCAGGAUCCAUUAAUAAUUUUACAUUGACAUUUUAGUCAUUUAGCAGACGCUCUUAUCCAGAGCGACUUACAGUUAUUGAGUGCAUACAUUU